UUCAAUAAAUGUUCUCUGGGCUCCUCGGAGCGCAGAACAUAGAAGUAGCAUUUGGUUGAAAUAAAGACGGUUAAUUGAAUAUUCAGCAGGAAGCAGAGCUGCUGCAGCUGCUGAUCUCAGAGCAGAACAUCAGGAGAUGAACCUUCAGAUCCGUGCUGGACUCAGCUGAUCGGUUCACUGCUGGUUCUCUGGGUUCGAUACGCUGACAGCUGCUGGGACACGGAGAGGUGAGGAUCCGGAGGAACAAGAACCCCCCCCCCGGUGAUCCAGGAGCUACCAGCCAUGAAUAAACUUCUCUACCUUCUGCUCCUGAUCUGCUGCCCUCCAGCUGUGGCCUCCCUCUUCUGCUACACCUGCGUGUUUCCGGCCGUCUCUCCUCUGGACUGCAUCCGGUUCCCUCUGCGCUGCCCCCCCGGGCAGCUCUGCCUGUCCAGCAGGGCGGUGGGACAGAAAGGUGACUUCCAGGUGGUUCUGUAUGAGAAGAGCUGCGUCCUGCCGUCCCUGUGUGGCGUCAGGGGGGAGAGGUUCGCUCUGGGCCUGAACUUUACCUUCACCAACCAAUGCUGCCGCACUCACCUGUGCAACACAGCUGCCGCCCCCCCAUCGCCCCCCCUCUGGACGGCCCUGCUGCUCCCCCUGCUGGCGCUGCGCUGAACACUCAACAUCACUCAGUUUUU